AUGCAGCGAGUGAUGCUUGGCCACACUAGCGUCCAUUUGUCACCUAAGCAAAAACGGCUUUCGGUGGGGUUUGGAGUUCAUUCGUCGGUACAGAUUCAUAAAACCGUCACACCGCCCACCAUGCAACAUCUGCCUAACACCAGCUCGUAUGACGAAGUGGCGACUCCCGGUAGAAGAAAGAGUCUGCACGAAGCGCUUCUGACGCGUCUCCUAUCGACACCAAGCGAUGAGCCACUGUUUAGGCAGAACUCAUCCGACGGACCCGAAUCACAGCGUACGGCAGAUGAGUCCUUCGAUAGCUGCCUGUCUGGCAGAAGCUCACCAUUUGAGCUAAACCUGCUGAACCAAACUCCGGACGCUAUGCGAUGUAUUACGCCGCCAGUAGUGGACGCUGCCGUUCCACCCAAUCGUCACAUGCAACUGCUGAUGCGUGAUUUUAACAGUCCUUCGGCGACGGCCAGAUUGCGCGCGGUGCGUGCUUUAAAUUCGGCUUCCAAACGCAACGCGUACGGUAACUUUGAUAUAUCGUACGCCGAGCAGGACAUCAUCACGGCCGAGGAAAGGCUUGCGCAGGAAAAGCGAACGAUUCAGGAUAUUAUGCGAGACGUUUGUGUGUACGUGGAGGUGCGCUCCGGUACGGACAAUCGUUCGGAAGGGAUAAAGGAACAUAUUGCGUCGCUGGGAGCGAAGGUCAACGAGAGAUUGUUAAGAGAUACAACACACGUUAUCUUCAAGGAUGGGUUGCUUUCCACGUACCAAAAAGCGAAAAAGAUGGACAUUCCGAUCGUGUCGAUACUGUGGAUCGAGGCUUGUAAACGACACACCUGUCUGAUGAAUCCGAACGACUUUAAAAUAUCCAAUCUGGAACGAUACGAAAAUCCGGAUCUUUUCAAGCGUAUUCGGCGUCAAAAAUCGAUGCAACCUGGAGCAGAGGAAGCGGCCAAGAAGCGUCCAAAUGUUACCGCCAAAUCAAAGGCAGCUGUUACCGUGAUAUCCCCACCGUCAAAGUUGCCCGUUCUGCAUCGAAUUCGUAAAGACGAUCGGCUGGAGCGUAUACUGAAUGACUUUGAGGCAGAACAUCAAAUAAACAGCUCGGCCGAAGGACCGAUCGAUGAGUACGAUCAACUUCUUCAGGCGGCACCGAUGCGCAUCCUGGAACGGUUUCGAUCUACUCCAACUCCCAUGGAUCGGGAAGAGGAUGAUCAGACCGUUAGCACGACACCAACUACUACCAGAGAUGAAACACCGCAAAUAACGAUUGAUAGUUCAUCACGGCGUGCAUUAUUCGUUGGAACGGGACCAAAGUCUGCCACACCAAGAUCACGGCGCCAAACGGUCAUGUUUACACCGCAAAUGACGAACGUUGAAGAGGAAUCUGCAGCUAACCCGAAUGUGAUUGAUGAAACACCCAAACAAACUUCGGUUAGAAAUCGCCGUAAAACAAUCGUACCAGCAGCAGCGGCUGAGGAAUCGUCUUCAACAGAGAACACCAAUGUUUCGAACCGUCGUAAAAGUAUCGUUAAUCCAAGCGUUACCCAAUCACCUGUAACGACAACCAGAACGAUUCGUACGCGUCGUAGCGCAAUCAUCUCGAACGCGGCAGAAAUGGAUAAUCUCUCUGCUCUGAACAACCAAACUAGUCUAGGUGAGAAGAGCGAUCUCAACCAGCAAAAAUACCCAAUGCCAGCGAAGGUUGCACCAAAAAAGCCUAUCACUGUUGCAAAGGAAGCUGUUACUUUUGAUCGUACCCACACCCCGGUUUCCAUCACGACGGUGAACAAACGAUCUCGACGGAAGACGAUUGCAUUCGGUAAUGAGGAGAAUACGCCACCCUUAGCCGCGAUAUCGAUGGAUGUAACAAAGACUUCUACGAAGACACGUAACGCGACGGUGUGCAACACUAUCUGUUCGCCGAAAGACAUGGAAAUGUCUAGCAUAAUUGGCCAAAAUCAAACAAAAAGUGGCAAUAAACUCACUGCGGUUGAUUUGACGAAAUUAAACAGUAUCGGAUCGGUGAUAAGCAUUUCAUCGGAAGAAGGCAAUGAUCCUAAACGAAACGAACUUCAGAACCGUAAUCGACGUCGGACGCUAUUUAUUCCUUCCGUAGAGAGUGCAAUGGACGGAAUGGUUCCGGUGCAAAGCGAUACAGCACGAUCCUCGAUAGUAUUAUCCACCACUGCAAGACGUAGAAUGACACUCGGCACUCCAAGGAACUCCGACACCCCGAUGGAACCACUGGAGGUGACCGAAACGCCACCGGAACCAUCACAUUCUCGCCUGACAAAUGCUGAUGGUAGCAGUAUCGUCAAUAAGCCAAAUCCUACCUCCAGUUCUACGCCAAUAUCUGCAGAUUCUGCCAUUUCUGCUUUAAACGGUCGAAAGACCCUGCUAGAGCAGUACAACGAUUCGCUUCUCUUCAGUUCAACUCGCGCGCCCGAUCGGCGACGACGUACCGUUUUUGACAUCACGAUGGACAUUAUGGGUCAGCGGUUGACCGAGAUCAAUCGACAAGCAGCAGCAGCAGCAAAAGCGUCUGCAAAGCCAAUCGAAUGUGAUGAAACAUCCGAAGAGGCCAGCUCUGUGGAGAGUGUUGCAGCGGUGUUAAAGUCUCCUACGCCACAGCCACUACAAACUUCCCUAGACGCGUACUACCGGAAGGCAUCCAAGUCAUGUGAAAAAUCAACACAACAAGAUGCCACAACGACUGAAGCGCCACGGAAACGAAAGCUUUUUAACAUCCAAACGACCGAAGAGGAAGUAGUGGGCGUCCGUAAAUCACCGGCGACGGCAAUCACCAAACCAACGCCCAAACGACGCUCACUGGCCCCAACUGCAAUUGGUACGAAACACCCAACAACAACCGCGUUGUCGAGCAGGAAACGGCGCACCACCGCACUGUUCACAUCACCGAUCGAUCCCACCCAGCGCCCGGCUGGGAAAGAAGAUACAAGGAAAACUCUUUUCCCAAUCGGGCGUGGCUUACCAACGAUGGCGUCACAACAACCCGCGACCGAGUUGCCGCGACAAUAUUUGGCCACCACUAAUCUGCACACCGAGCAGAGCACAUUCGUAAAGGAGGCCAUCGCUAGCCUCGAUGGGUUCAUAAUAGAGGCGAACGUCACCGACAACACCACCCAUCUGGUAACGCUCGAAUCGCGCCGCACGAUCAAUCUGCUCCGUGCGCUUAUACGAGGUCUCUGGAUUGUGCGCUACGAAUGGAUCGUCGAGUCAUACCAAGCGGGCCGAUGGCUGUCGGAGGAACGGUUUGAGCUGCGCGACUUUUCCCGCGCGGUGCAGCUUAAUCGUAGCGAACGGCAAGCGUUCGGUAGUCUGUACCGUAAUGAGCUGCUUGCUGACUACGCACCGUUCUGGAUAUCGCCCCGUUGUGCCAUUCCUGAGCAGCAGUUGCGCGAGCUUAUACUGCUGUGCCGCGGGAAGGUGACCGGCAAUGCGGCCCGGGCAAAGUUUCUAGUCGUAGACCCGAGCGACAGUGAUGCGGCACCGAUCGAAGGACAGAUUGCGGUAGCUCCGGCAUGGAUUCUGGACAGCAUUACCCUCAACAAGGUAAAGAAGCUGUCGAAGAAGUAUCGCGUAGAGUAG